AUGGCCUCCACUGAUGCUGCCACACCCUGGCAUGCUGCCUAUCCUCCUCCGCGUAAUAAAACCCCCGCGGCCAUGACGCGCCAUGACGUGCUGGAGAUGACCAGGGACAGCAAUAAUAUAGCUGGAAGGAACUACGUUCUCGUUGACCUCCGCAGAAUAGAUCAUGAGGGCGGUACCAUUCGCGGGUCCAUCAAUCUGCCGGCACAGAGCCUCUACCCGACCAUACCGACGCUGUAUAGCCUGUUUGAAUCGGCCAGAGUCCAAAAGAUCAUCUGGUACUGCUCAUCCUCUCGGGGCCGAGCUGGAUGGAUUAAGGACCAUAUCGACAACCGAGGCAACAGCGAUAUGGAGAGCUUGAUAUUGCUCGAAGGUAUCACUGGAUGGGUCAAAGCUGGCGGUGAGUUUGUAGAGUGGAUUGAUGAGUUCGACGUAGCUGUGUGGGAGAGCAAGUAG